CAGCAGCUGAUGGAGACUCAUGGCUUUCGGAUGCGCAAGCGGGUCAGUGUUGGUGUACAUGAUUGACAGCUCUACAGGAUCGAUGCAGCUCUCUCAUAAACUGGAGUUAACCCCGAAACACUACCCAGAUAUCUGGAAUAAGACGGGUGCUGUGAAGAUGGUCCGCUGGUCUCCAGACUGCAGUGUUGUGAUGGUGACGUGGGACUGUGGCGGUCUGUCUCUGUGGAGUGUGUUUGGAGCUCAUCUCAUCUGCACACUCGGGGAGGACUUCUCCUGUCACUCAGACGGCACUAAGAAAGAGCCUCUGAAGAUCAGCUCUAUGAGCUGGGGUGUGGAGGGAUAUCAUCUGUGGGUGAUCUGCAGCACAGACGGAGCAGAAGGAGACGAGAAACUCCAGCAGACCGGCAUUCUGCAGUUUCAGUUCAUUAAGAGCGCGCUGACCGUCAACCCGUGCACAAGUAAUCAGGAGCAGGUGUUGCUCCACGGAGAGGAUCGUCUGUAUCUGACCUGUGGAGACCCGACUCAGGCUCACAGCGUGUCGGAUAAGAGCCCGUCUCGGGACAGCGGCAGUCCGGUGCACCGGCCGUCAGCGUCCACCCCUCUCUCUCAGGGUCUCAGCACUUUACUGGGCCACAAGCACUGGCAGGUGGUUCAGAUUCACAGCACAUAUCUAGAGACAAACUGGCCCAUCAGGUUCGCAGCUAUAGACUGGUCUGGUCAGUGUGUGGCCGUAGCUGGCCGGCGUGGAUUUGCACAUUACUCAUUAUACACCAGAAAAUGGAAACUGUUUGGUAACGUCACACAGGAGCAGAACAUGACGGUGACGGGAGGUCUCACGUGGUGGGAUGACUUUGUUGUUGUUGCCUGUUAUAAUUUCAUUGACCGGCAGGAAGAGCUGAGGUUAUACGUGCGCACAUCUAACCUGGACAACGUGUUUGCCAGCGUCACUAAACUUCAGGCCGACACGCUGCUGCUGAACGUGUUUCGUAACGUGGUGAUUCUGUUCAGAGCCGACUGCUCCAUCUGCCUUUACAGCAUCGAGAGACGACACGACAGUCCGAACCCGUCGGUCAGUGUGGAGCUGCUGCAGGAGGUCUCCAUGUCCCGGUAUAUUCCUCACCCCGGUCUGGUGGUGUCUGUGACCCUCACGUCAGUCCGGACAGAGACCGGCAUCACGCUCAAAGCCCCGCAGCAGGCCUGUUCGGCGGAGAGUAUCCUGUUGAAUUUGGCCGGUCAGCUGAUCAUGCUGCAGAGAGACCGAUCCGGCCCACAGGUACGGGAGAAGGACACGCCAGCCAAUCAGACGAAGCUGCUUCCGUUCUGUCCGCCGGUGGUUCUGGCUCAGUGCGUGGAGAACGUCUGGACCACCUGCCGCAGCAACCGCAAGAAACGCCACCUGAUGGAGGCUCUAUGGCUCUCGUGCGGCGAGGCGGGGAUGAAGGUGUGGCUUCCUCUGUUCCCGCGAGACCACCGCAAGCCGCACUCGUUCCUGUCGCGCCGGAUCAUGCUGCCCUUCCACAUCAACAUCUACCCGCUCACCGUGCUGUUCGAGGACGCGCUCAUCCUGGGCGCCUCCAACGAGACGGCGGUGUUCGACGGGACCGGCUCGUCCUCGCUGGAGGCGCUCUUCCCCUUCUGCACGGUGGAGCGGACGUCCCAGAUCUACCUCCAUCACAUCCUGAGACAGCUGCUGGUGCGUAACCUGGGCGAGCAGGCGCUGAUGCUGGCGCAGUCCUGUGCCACGCUGCCGUACUUCCCUCACGUCCUGGAGCUGAUGGUGCACGUGGUGCUGGAGGAGGAGGCCACGUCUCGAGAGCCCAUCCCUGACCCGCUGCUGCCCACCGUCGCCAAGUUCGUGACCGAGUUCCCGCUCUUCCUGCAGACCAUCGUUCACUGCGCACGCAAGACUGAAUACGCGCUGUGGAACUACCUGUUCGCCGCGGUGGGGAACCCCAAAGACCUGUUCGAGGAGUGUCUGAUGGCACAGGAUCUGGACACGGCCGCGUCCUACCUGAUCAUCCUGCAGAAUAUGGAGGUUCCGGCGGUCAGCCGUCAACAUGCCACUCUGCUCUUCAACACGGCUCUGGAACAGGGCAAAUGGGAUCUGUGUCGUCACAUGAUCCGCUUCCUCAAGGCCAUUGGUUCAGGGGAGAGCGAGACUCCGCCCAGCACACCCACCACACAGGAGCAGAGCUCCACGGGCGGCUUCGAGUUCUUCCGGAACCGCAGCAUCAGUCUGUCUCAGUCGGCCGACAGCAUCGCCGGAGGAAAGUUCAACCUGCAGAAGGCCCUGAGCGUGCCGUCUGGACCGUCCUCCAAAGGCGGGGAGCGCUGGUGUAAGGACAGUGACUCUGCGGAGAAUCUCUACAUUGAUAUGAUGCUGUGGCGUCACGCGAGGCACCUGCUGGAGCAGGUCAGGCUGCGGGAUCUGGGCUGUUUCUCCGCCCAGCUGGGCUUCGAGCUGAUUGGCUGGCUGUGUCGAGAGCGCACUCGGGUCGCACGGAUCGACGACUUCGUUGCAGCCCUCAAAUGCCUGCACAAGGACUUCCUGUGGCCAUUUCCUGUAAUCCCAGCAUGCUCCAUUAGCUCGCCGCUGAAGAACGGACGCUGCCGCCCAGUGUUGAGUUCUCGUUUGCUGAAGUCUCAGUCUGCGGACAGUUUGCUGAACAGUGACAUGGACACCACGCCCCCUCAGGUCACCACAGCCAAUCACAGCUGGCUGGACAGUUUGGGGGAGGUCUCAAAGGAACUGGACUCCGCCUCCUCUCACGGAGGGCCGCAGACACAUGAGGCGUUUCUCUCUCCUCUCAUCAACAAAGGAGAGGAGUGCAGCAUCGGUUCAGCCACGGACCUGACUGAGACCAGCUCCAUGGUGGACGGUGAUUGGACGAUGGUCGACGAGAAUUUCUCCACCCUCAGUCUCAGCCAAUCAGAGCUGGAGCACAUCUCCAUGGAGCUGGCCAAUAAAGGGCCACAUAAGAGUCAGGUGCAGCUGCGGUAUCUGCUGCACGUCUUCAUGGAGGCCGGCUGUCUGGAGUGGUGCGUCGUCAUCGGGCUGAUCUUACGGGACGCCGGCGUCAUUAAGCAGGUCGUGGGGUUUCUGGACAGUCCAGAAGUCCCAGCAGAAACGGUCCAGAGCAUCCGAGCCGGGCUGAAAGCUGUCGACCUCUGGGCCUCGUCUGAUUGUCUGGGCUACAAGCCGUUCCUGAACCUGAUUGGUCCGCAGCUGCUGAAGCUCCUGGAGGUUCCUGUGGAGCAGGUCCAGGCCGAAGCCUUCCAGCCGACCGGAGCGUCCAAACUGAGCGAUCCUCCGCUGCUGCUGCUGCCCCGAGCCGAGGAACUGACCGCUGCUCACCCGCUGCCCUCGGACGGCCCCGCCGGAGCCAGCGCCCGGCCCCUGGACGACACGCCGCCGCAGCCGGAGGAGCAGGAGCCGCUGGAGGAGGGGUCGUACGACUGCACGCUCUCGUGAUGCCCUCCAGUGUGUGUGUGUGUGUGUGUGUGUGUGUUCCUGCUCGUCCACACUGCAGUGUCCUGUGUGUGUUUUGCUGUGUUCUCAACAUCCUGUGGCCAGCAGCAUCAUGUUUCUCCUCUCUUCACCUCCACACUGCAAAACAUCGGUUUCUUCAUUAGUAUUUUGUUUUGUUUUUAGCUCUUCCAGUACAAACAUCUGAUCAUUCUGACAUCACGAUACACUUACUGGACAAAUACAAUCUUUCUGAUAAGAUCAUCAAAAUCAAUCGAGUUCAUGCUUAAAAUAUAUCAGUGUUUUUUUUUUUUGCUAAAAAUUUAGAUUUUCUUUUAGAAUAUUUAUUAAAUGAUCAAAAUUAAGUGAGUUUGUGCUUAAAACAAGAACAAAUAUCUGCUAGUGUAUAUAUAAGUUACCAUUUGAAUUUAGUUAUUUAUUUUAUUUUUUAACACACUUGCAGAUAUUAGUUCUUGUUUUAAGCAUAAACUCACUUAAUUUUGAUAAUUUUUCAGACUGGUGAUGUAGUCAUACACAUGUAUUGUUUAUUUUACAAAUUUAUUAUGCAAGUAAGAUGCUAAAAAUUGAUUAUUGAUAGUGAUUUUUUUUUUGUUAUUAAUCUUAAAUAUGCCUUUUUUAAUCUCCAUUUCUAUUUUCAUGUCUCUCUCUGUGUGUAUAGAUACAUAUAUAUAAUUUUCCUGUUUCCUAUCAUGAACUUGCUUCAUUUUGAUAAUUUUAUUGAUAGAAAUCAAAACUUAGUAUCUUAAAUCAAGGCAUAAAUUCAGGUGUUGACAGUAUCCAUUUUUUUUGUCAACAUUAUUGUACAGCAAAGUAUGCAGUUUUUCAUCACUAUAUCUAUUCUUUUUAUUUUGUACUCUUAUUUUUUCACUAAAUUUUCUAUAUAAAUUAAAAAGUGAAAACUUUUUUUUUUUAAGCUUAAACCUGCUUAAUUUCUGUCAGAAAACAAGAAUUAUUAUCUGAUCAAAAUGAGCAAAAUCAAGUCAUUUCGUUCCUCUGGUAAAUAUAUCUCAAUUUAAGAAUAUUUAGAUAUUUGUACUGGAAAAAAUAAAACAAAAUUCAAAAGAUAAAUACUCAGAAAGUGUUUUUUUUUUUUUUUUUUUGCGGUGCAUGUGAGAAUCAGACAUCAGCUCCUCAUCAUCUUCACACUCAAUCAUGAGUUCUGUGGGAAUCAGUGAUUAUCGAUCAGCGUGUUUUAUUGCUUUGAGUUUGUUUGAAUGUUAAUGAUGAAUUUUACUGGAUGCGGGUUCUUUGCGAUCGUCUCCGGUCUGAUCCUGACAGGUUUUAUUGGUUUUUAAGCUGCGAGUCGUGUUCUGUCAUGAGCUGAUGACCGUUCAUUGACCGACACAUGCAUUAUUUAUUUCCCAAUCUUAUUUUACAGCCAUGAUAGUAAUCUCAAAUAAGCAGUUUUUCAUCACUAGAUCUCUUCUGUUAUUUUUGCGAUGAUUUUGUGUUUGUUUCUGAAUUGCAUCAUUGCAGGUUUGUGUAUUUAUUUGAGCAGCAGGACAAAGAGACGUGAACAGUUCGUCAGUAUUAAUGUGUUCAGUGUUCGUCUCGUUAGCGCUGCCUUCACAACGGACCAAAUCAUCUACACGUAUCAAUGCCUUUGUAUUAUUAUUAUUCUACUUGUAGUUCUUAUGCGUUAUUGACAGUCGUCUUGGAGUAUUUAGCAGCUUUAAUGAGAUGCAUCUUUAUUUUAUUGUUUAAUUUCCCCCCGAAUGGCUCAAAUGAGCAGCUUAGACCGGUCUGAUCUGGUUUAAUCUGGUUCAGUGACUCUCAAACCAGCUGACAAGUGCCCAAGACCCUGUAAAACCUGCAGGUUUCAGUGGCUUCUCCUCCUGUCGCAGUAUUCCUGAUGAUCAUGUUCACAAACCAAAGAGCUUCACGGACGCGUUCACGGUACGGAUUUCCCACAAUCCCUCUGACGUCACAGGACUGGUGAUGUGGUUUCACGUGGACUGAGGGUUUGAUCUGGUUUCUGUGGGUUUGUGUGUGAGUCGGUACUCUUGAGUUCUGUACAGUAUAAAGUUUCUUCUCAGUGCAGUGUACAGAGUUUCCUGGACAAUAACUUUUCUACUCUGUUUUCUAUAUUUCCUGUACAUAAAGAACAAUAAAUUAUUUUUUAAACAUCA